GGUCUAGUUUCAUAUAAGAGCAGUCACAGACGCGGAAGCAUAAUAGCGCACAACACGCAGUGACGCGGCUGGGCAGAUAUGGGUGUACAAAUAAAAGUAGAAUAUUGUGGCGGAUGAGGGUACGAGCCCCGCUUUCAGGAGCUCAAGCAGAUCGUCACUGCUGAGUUCACUGAUGCGGAUGUGAGUGGCUUCGUCGGUCGCCAGGGGAGCUUUGAGAUUGAGAUCAAUGGACAACUGAUCUUCUCAAAGCUAGAAACCAGUGGCUUCCCUUAUGAGGAUGAUAUUAUGGAUGCUAUCCAAAGAGCCCAUGAUGGCCAGCCGGUGGAGAAGAUCACCAAGAGCCGGCCUCCAUGUGUCAUCCUCUAAAGUUUCACCACUUAACCCUUCACUUUUGGCUGUAAAAAUGUCAAGAACGGUUUGUUAGCUAGAGAAAGAGUAUUGAUGCAGGAUCCUUAAACGUCCCCUCCUCUUCACUCCUCUGGUCUGGUUGCUGGACGUAAAUGAUUAUCGUAACUCUAAAGUGAGCAGUUAUGAUAUGAGGCCUGCAGUCCAUGCAUCCUUUAAGCUGGAAGAGUAAGAUGUGGAGAUGCUAAAGAGAAGAUGGCCAGUGCAAGGGUUAAUGUCUUUGUUUUGUUUUGUUUUUUGCUGAAGCCACAUUGCCUACUGGGGUCACUGUUCGUCUGCUGAUUAUUUGUUUUUGCUUUGGGGGGUUUAAAGUGGGAAAAAAAAGUGUAAUGAUAUACUAAUGUACUAAAACGUUUGCUGUAAGAAGGGAAUGCUUAAAGCUUAGGUCAUCUAAUUCACAUUAUUUUUGGCUGUGUCUGAGUGCAUAAAUUGUCAUUUUGCAAGUGUCCCUUUAUGUCCUCCAUCCCAUAUCAGCAUGAAGAGAUCUCAAAUAAAUGAAUAUAAUAUUAGUGAGUACAUUAAAUGCUUUUCUGAAGUACUGUAGGGCACAUUCUAGACCAAUUUUGCUUGGUGUCAAAGCUCAGGUGAUUUGCCUCUGGCAAACAUUUUGUGCAGUAGUUGUUUUUUAUUAGUAUUGCAGUGUUGUAGACUUUUGCAUCGAUAAAUCAAACCAAAUAGCUGGUUUAAGGGCAUUCAAAGACUUGCAGACACUGCCGCAUGAUGACUGUGUUUUGUUUUGUUUUUGUUUUUUUAUGGUGUGUGUUUGUAGAAACUACUGAGGACCCUGUUUAUGAAAAAACACUCAUAUACGGUUAAUAAAAUAAUGAGCUUUCAUCUGGUUUUGUCCUCCAAUUGUGUUUGGAUCUCUUGUCUGAUUGUGUCUGUACCUUUGCUCUUUACAUAACAUUUAUGAUGUUACAUGUGUUCCACAUUGAUCUGUAUUCUGUUAGAGUCAAACAGAACACUCAUACACAAACACACCUACUGGUUUUGGUAUGUGUCUGACAUGGUCUCUCACCAAAUGUUUGAUAUGAUAGUAGAAGUAAUAUUGUUAAUAAUUUACACAGACUGUAUUAGAAAAUUACAUUCAGCAUAUAGUAGUCUUUUUCAGUCUUUUCAAUUAAAGCAUUAGAUCAAACCUAAUUCAAUGUAGUGCAGUUCAGUUGAAGUUUCUUCAUGUGGUUGUAAGGACGGUGAUGUUUAGCUGCUCAACUUGGUCCAACUGAUUCUUUUAAUUUGUUGUUGGCAUUAAAUAAAAUGCAUGGAUUGUUCAA